AUUGAAUUUUUUCUUAUUUUAUAUAUUUUAGGAAUGAGAAAUAGAUGAGUCACCAUGAAUUGGGCAAAUGAGAGUUCCACAAAAGAGUUUAUACUACUUGGAUUUUCAGACAGGCCCUGGUUACAAAUGCCCCUUUUUGUGCUCCUACUAAUAUCAUACACAAUCACCAUUUUGGGCAAUGUGUCCAUUAUGAUGGUAUGUAUUCUGGAUCCCAAACUUCACACACCCAUGUAUUUCUUUCUCAUUAAUCUGUCUAUCUUGGAUCUCUGUUAUACCACAAGCACAGUCCCUCAUAUGUUGAUAAAUAUUUCUCACAACAAAAAGACCAUUAGUUAUGGUGGCUGUGUAGCCCAACUCAUCAUCUUCCUGGCCCUGGGUGCUACAGAGUGUCUCCUUCUUGCUGUUAUGUCCCUUGACAGAUAUGUGGCAAUUUGCAGACCUCUCCAUUAUGUAGUCAUCAUGAAUCCUUGGUUCUGCUUAAAGAUGAUAGCCUUUUCAUGGUUUACUGGCUUCAGCAACUCAGUGCUGCAAUCUUCCUUAACCCUGAACAUGCCACGCUGUGGUCAUAAAGAAGUGGACCACUUUUUUUGUGAGGUUCCUGCCCUUCUCAAGUUGUCAUGUGCUGACACAAAGCCGAUCGAGUCUGAGCUCUUUUUCUUUAGUGUAUUAAUUCUGCUAAUUCCAGUGACACUGAUCAUCAUUUCCUACGGCUUCAUAGUUCGAGCUGUACUGAGAAUCAAGUCAGCAGAAGGACGACGUAAGGCUUUUGGGACAUGUGGGUCCCACAUGGUUGUGGUGUCUCUCUUUUUUGGAACAGCCAUCUAUAUGUAUCUACAGCCACCUUCAUCCACCUCUAAGGACUGGGGAAAGAUGGUUUCUCUCUUCUAUGGAAUCUUCACACCUAUGAUGAACCCCCUCAUCUACAGUCUUAGAAAUAAAGAUAUGAAGGAAGCCUUCAAGAGGGUUACACCAACAAUAUUUUCCUAUAAAAAGAAAUAAGUACACCAUUGUGCUGAGAAUCUUCUGUGUCUCCUUACUUUUGAACAUGGUAAUAAUGUUUAAACUGGUUCUCCUGUUUUCCAGUCUGUUGUGA